CCCCGGCAUGUUAUCCUAUGUGUCCAUCCCCGGCAUGUUAUCCUAUGUGUCCAUCCCCGGCAUGUUAUCCUAUGUGUCCAUCCCCGGCAUGUUAUCCUAUGUGUCCAUCCCCGGCAUGUUAUCCUAUGUGUCCAUCCCCGGCAUGUUAUCUAUGUGUCCAUCCCCGGCAUGUUAUCCUAUGUGUCCAUCCCCGGCAUGUUAUCCUAUGUGUCCAUCCCCAGCAUGUUAUCCUAUGUGUCCAUCCCCGGCAUGUUAUCCUAUAUACACCCCCUGCCUGGGGUUUGCAUGUUCUCCCUGUGCCUGU